ACCACAAAAAUUAUGGAGCAGAUCUUGGUGUACGAGUACAUGGAGAACAAAGACCUUGAGAGCUGGAUCGGACCCGGCUUGCCAAACCCUCUUUCUCUGUGGCAAAGGCUUGACGUUCUGAUUGGAGUGGCAAAGGGGCUGCAGUACCUUCAUGACUUUGGCAUUGUGCAUCGCGACAUCAAGCCAGCCAACAUUCUCCUCGAUGGAAAAAUGCAGGCCAAGAUUGCUGACUUUGGGCUGGUGAAGCUGAGUGGAGGCACCUCCAUGGGCACCUCUGUGGCGGCCACUCGAGUGAUGGGAACACCAGGCUAUGUGGACCCUGCCUACUACAAGACACACAAGGCCACCCCAGCAGCAGAUGUGCACAGUUUUGGCGUGGUGAUGCUGGUGGUCAUCACAGCACGCAAGGCCUAAAAAGUGAAUGUCCCAAAACAGAC